AUGAAGAUACUCAGUAAAUGGAAUAUAAGAUAUCGGCUACGGCCACAUGUUAUGCUGCGUAAGCCAUGUACUCCAUCUCAAACACACCUGCUAGGGCUGCGCUUGUCUUGCGUCAGUGAAUCCACUAGCUCCAGAGGUUCAGUAGAAGCAUCCCUAAGAUUAACUACUAUCACCUCGAGCAUAGUCAAUAAUAAAGCAGAGUUAAAUUCCGAUGGAAUCUCCUGUCAGCUAAAUCAAUAUUCGCAUGUCCCUCAAUGUACGAACGAUGCUCCUUUCGAUGUAAAGAACCUCCAAUCGAUAACUGCCGGUGAUAUUAGUCUAAGGAAGAAAGAACUGAGCACAUUUGAUCAGAAGCCGAUAAUAUUGAGCUCUGUAUUUGGUAAUACCGAGGCAAAAAUGUCUCCAACGUCUUCAGCAUCAGAUAGCUCCAAACAACAAUCUUGGCAAGCCGAAGGACUGGAACAGGCCGACGGUAAACUCUUACAUAGCGUCGAUCAUUCGAAUAUGAAGCUAUCGAACCCUCAUGCCAUAGGUAGCAGCAAGAACAAAAGAUUUCUCCCGAUAUCUCCACUAAUGGACCCAUCUUUCAGACAGGCACGUGAGAAGUAUCGCUGUCCAAAGCAGAAAUCUCCCCAAAGCCUCACACCUAUGCAGCUGGCUGUCCGUAAAAAUAUAUAUGCCCGGGCAUUGAGUACGCCACUGCGUAAAUGUAAACUGACCGGUAUCUCAUUACCUAGCUUCUUCCUGCUAAGGUUUCACGCCAUUGCGGAUCCAAAGACGGGAGUACCAUGGUAUCUACCCAGAGGCCUAUCUACGCAUUAUCAGUCUUCACAAAAGGCUGAUAAAAUUUCUGAAACUCCAACUUCUAAUAUUUCAACGUCUUGCCAAAUCGUGGAAGAGAAUGGGAAAGUACCGAUAUAUGUUAACAAAUUGACAUUAGAUCUUCGCUCAAAGCACGACCUUCAUAUUGGCGACAAAGCGAUCUUCUCGAAAGAUAACUUGAAACCAGAUCAUUCAAAAUCACAAGAUUUACUAUCACCUUUAACACCUACAAUUGGCAUUGGAACAUACUUUGUCAGCUCAUAUAAUGCUCUACAAUCUCUAGCAGCUAGCAACCAAAAAAACUCGAAUAGUUUAGUACCCGCAUUUAUCUCACAAUCUAUGCGAAAUCAUCCACUUGUGUUAAAAACCUCACGGACUACACGAUUUCGACCAGACAUGGCAGAUUUUGUCCUUAACUUGAAACGACGGCGUGUUUUUGAAGAAUUGUUGCAGGUCACUUCAAAAACUCGAGGUUAUAUUUCUAAAUUUAUUCCUUCUAAAUCCUUAAAGACUCGGCAGGUUGCCGCAGUGCUAUUACUCGGGUCAUCAGCUCUCCACACUACCAGUGAAAUAGUUACUGAGCAGGAUUUUAACUCAUAUGUUGGCGAGAAUUCAGGCCAUAUACCAAUCUUUGAUCUGCGCAUCUUGCUUGGUCAACUGAUGCUGCAGGAUUUAAGGGAUUCGGACAAGACACGUUGGAACUGUGAAGUGCUAACAGUCAAGAGCCGGAAUUAUACGCUGAAUCUCAUGAUGAAAUUAUGGGAAUUAGAAGGUUUUUUAACACCACCAUCAAAGACUCGUUAG